AGGAAGCAAGGAAGGAAGCAAGGAAGGGAGCGAGGAAGAAAGGAAGCCAGGAAGCAAAGAAGGAAGGAAACGAUGAAUCAAGGAAGGAAGGAAGCAAGCAAAUACGCAAGAAAGGAAGGAAGGAAAAAGCAAGGAAGGAAGUGAGUAAGGAAAGAAGGAAGAAGGCGAGAAAGCAAGGAAGCAAGGAGGGAAGGAAGCAAGGAAGGAAUGAAGCGACAAAAGAACAACGCGAGGAAAGAAUGAAGGAAAUGAGGAAGCAAGGAAGGAGGAAAGAAGGAAGUGAGGAAGGGAGGAAGCAAGGAAGGGAGGAUGCAAGUGAGGAAGGAAGGAAUCGAGGAAACAAAGAAAAAAGAAAGCGAGGAAGCAAGGAAGGAGGAGAGAAGAAAGCAAGGGAGGAAGCGAGGAAGCAAGGAAGGAAUGAAGCAAAAAAGGAAGGACGUGAGGAAAAAACGAAGGAAUCGAAGAUGCAAGGAAGGAGGAAAA